GGUAUUGGAGAAAAAUGGGCAGUUAAAGGCAUGUGGGCAAUUACAAGAGGAGGGUUUAACCAGAAAAUUUUCAACUUGCCCAAAACCCUCUCUCGCCCUCUCAUGGCUACCUCUAACCUUAUUAGGGUUUCUUCUCCUUCUUACUCCACUUCCUCCCCUAACCACGCUCCUUUUAAGCGCGUCGGCACUCACAAUGGAAGCUUCCACUGCGACGAGGCCCUCGGCUGCUUCAUGAUUCGUCUCACUGACAAGUUCUCCAACUCCGAGAUUAUCCGUACCCGAGAUCCCAAGGUAUUGGAGGGUCUUGAUGCUGUGCUUGAUGUUGGAGGCGUCUAUGAUCCUAAUCAUGACCGGUAUGAUCAUCACCAGAAGGGAUUUGAGGAGGUUUUUGGACAUGGAUUUAAUACAAAGCUUAGCAGUGCUGGACUUGUUUAUAAGCAUUUUGGCAAGGAGAUAAUAGCUAAAGAGCUUCAGCUUGGAGAAGACCACCCGGAUGUGCAUAGAUUAUUUCUGGCCAUUUACAAAAGCUUCAUGGAGGCAAUUGAUGCGAUUGACAAUGGAAUCAACCAGUUUGAUACUGACAAGCCACCAAAAUAUGUGAACAAUACACACAUAUCUUCUAGAGUUGGAAGAUUAAAUCUAGACUGGACAGAUCCUGAUCAAUCACCUGAGAAGGAGAAUGAGGCUUUCCAACGAGCAAUGGCUCUAGCUGGUAGUGAGUUCUUAGAAAGUGUCCGAUUUCAUGCAAGAUCAUGGCUACCAGCAAGGUCAAUUGUAAUGGAGUGCAUUGCGGAGAGAUUUGACAUAGAUCCUAGUGGUGAAAUUAUGGUUUUGAAAAGGUUUUGCCCUUGGAAGCUUCACUUAUUUGAGCUUGAGGCGGAGCUGAAGGUUGAGCCUCUUAUUAAAUAUGUUCUUUAUGGGGAUGAACGGGGCAAACAAUGGCGAGUGCAGGCAGUAGCAGCAUCUCCUGAUAGUUUUGAGAGCCGGAAGCCCCUCCCAGCACAGUGGCGAGGUUUGAGGGACGAUGAGCUCUCAAAGGAGACAAGAAUUUCCGGCUGUGUCUUUGUCCACAUGAGCGGGUUUAUCGGUGGAAAUCAAACUUAUGAGGGUGCUCUAGUGAUGGCAAGAACUGCUCUAAAGAUGUAAUCUAGGGAGAUUGCUUCAAUUUCUUUCAUUUGACUUUGUAUCUUUUACAUCAUUCUGUAACACAGGAUUUGGAUCAUUUCCCAAGUUUUUUGUUUUUAUUAAGUGCUAUUUGAUUCA